AUGGUGGGGCGCAAGGAUAAGCUGCAGCAGAUUAUGACCCAACCUAUCAAUCAGAUCUUCCGGUUCUUCACGAGCGGGACCCGGGUGCAGAUCUGGUUGUUCGACCAACCGAACAUGAAGAUUGAGGGCAAGAUUCGGGGAUUUGACGAGUACAUGAAUAUGGUCCUCGAUGAGGUAGAGGAGGUCUCCGUAAGACAGAAGGUCCGGAGGUCACUCGGCACCAUCCUCCUCAAGGGCGAGGCCAUGACCCUGAUCGCAGCCGCUCCUUAA